AUGUAAAAUAGACAGAAUAGAAAUGAUUAUUGGACAACAGCCCGUCCAAUGGCAGAUAUCAAUAUAGAAAAUGAUAAUUAAAAGCCUUAAUUAAAAUUAAUCAAUUUUGUAUAUGCUUUGAUCUUAUCCAUAUUAAAACAAAAAGAAGCCCAAAAUAACAACUAAAUCAAAAGCAAAAAAUGCAAAUGAUGGAUUGUAUCAUGCUAUAAAAUGCCACACAUAUAAAACAUCUGAAAUUUGUAAAAAAGAAAGUUCUUACUACUUUCAAUAAUAUCAGAAAAGGCAAUCGAGGUUUAAGCUUAAGAGGAGAAAUAUUAUUAAUUUAUUGUUUUGAUUAAUAAUCCUCCAAUUUCAA